AUGGAGAACUUCAUAUACCAGGCCAACCCGAGCAGGGUCAUCUUCGGCAGCGGCACGAUCCAGAAGCUGCCGGAGGAGCUGUCCCGGCUCGGCUUGUCCAAGCCCCUCCUCCUCUGCACGCCGCAGCAGACCAGCCAGGCCGCCGACCUCGAGAAGAUCUUGGGCGGUAAGGUCGCCGGGACCUUCUCCCGGGCGACCAUGCACACCCCCGUCGAGGUCACCGAGGAGGCCCUCGAGGUCCUCAAGAGCACGGGCGCCGACUCCCUGGUCGCCAUCGGGGGCGGGAGCACCACCGGCCUAGGCAAGGCUCUCAGCAUCCGCACCGGGCUCUACCAUAUCUGCAUCCCGACCACGUAUGCCGGUAGUGAGGUGACGCCCAUUCUCGGCGAGACUCAGGCAGGCCUCAAGAAGACCCGUUCGGAUCCCAAGAUCCUGCCAGGGACGGUCAUAUAUGAUGUCGACCUCACGAUGACGCUACCGGCAUCUCUCAGCGCCACCAGUGGUGUCAAUGCCAUCGCCCACUCCGUUGAGGCCCUGUACGCUCAGAACGGCAACCCCAUCAUCAACCUCCUAGCGCAAGAAGGCGUCCGCGCCCUGGCCGCCGCGCUCCCGGCCAUAGUGGCCGACCCUUCGUCGCGGGAGGCCCGCAGCUCGGCCCUCUACGGCGCCUGGCUCUGCGGCAUUUGCCUCGGGAACGCCGGCAUGUCCCUGCACCACAAGCUGUGCCACACCCUCGGCGGCACCUUCGACCUGCCGCACGCUGAGACGCACACCGUCGUCCUGCCCCACGCCCUCGCGUACAACGCGCCCAAGGUCCCGCGGGCGAUGAAGAUGCUGGCGGACGUCCUGCCGGGGAGCGACGGCGACGCGAUCCGCGGGCUCAACCUGCUGCUCGACAAGCUCGGCGUCAAGCGGGGCCUGAAGGACUUUGGCAUGAAGGAGGCCGACGUGGACCGGGCGGCCGAGCUGGCUACGAGCAAUGCUUACCCGAAUCCUAGGGAGCUGGAGCAGGGACCGAUCCGGGAGCUGAUCAGGCGGGCUUGGGCGGGAGAGCAUGCAAAGGCAGAUCUAUAG